UGUUUUCUUUCUGCAGUGUCUGUUUCCAGCUUUCUGUCAUUCUGUGUCUUUGUGCGUAAAAGUAGAACCGCCUGAUUCACCAUGAUGACCAAGGUCCGGACUUUCUGCUGCGCCAGGAUUUGAUUCACAACUCUGGACAAGGAUUUACUGACUUAAAUGGCUUAAUACAAAGUCCGAAGGGAACCCUGAAUUUCCACCUGGAUUAAUGUUUCGACCAUGAGGAUACCUGCGUUUGGAAAUUAUUCCGUGAGCGCUGCAGCUGCACUGGGAUACACUGGUUAGAAAGUACUGUGAAGUAGCAAAUACUUCGCCAAACCGCAUCAGUGUCCAACUUUAAGAAUCAAGGAGCUAUGCAAGCAGCCUGUGUCUGGAUUGCCAGAGCUUCUGUCCUCCUGAUGUCUCUUUGGCCAGACCUCCUGGACUCCCAACACACCACAGACCACAGGAAGGUUACUGAGAGGGCAGAGCCCCAACAAGAGUUCAGGGCAGAGCAUGGAGAAAUUCAGGGCUCCUGGGGUGCCUGGGGGCCCUGGUCAGCAUGCUCCCAAACCUGUGGAAGAGGAGUACAAGAGCAGAGCAGGCCCUGCCUCCCUGUUUACACUCCAUCCCAGCACCCUUCCAGAAGAACUGGUGUCCAGCCCCAGCAACCAGCAACUCACAUCAUCUCAGCGCUGCGGCCAACAGUUCCUCUGCACCGCAGCGCAGUCAGGUCCUCCAACAGCAGCAGUCGUGGAAAUCAGAGGGGGGAGAAGGAGACCCGGCCUGGUGGACGGAGGAGGGUCACCCACAUCAUCCCAGGGAGGUAUGGCUACGGGAGAGCUCCUUAUGUUGCUCCAUUGCAGACGGGCGCAGGCCACAGCUCUGGGACAGCUCGACCCCACAGACAGAGACGCUCUCCUGCAGCUGAUGCCCACCAACCCGCCAUUAGAGGCCACGGUGGCCACAGGUCACACAACCUGGACCCCUCCAACCAUCUCCAUCACUACAGCAGACCCUACACGCAGCCCAGGGCACAGCAGCCCAAAAAUAACCAAGUCUGGGCCCCCCUCUACAGGCCGGGUUCAGUCAACCAGGAUCCGGUCCAGCAGGAGCCACAAUCAAGCAGCCAGACGUCUGAACCCCAGCAGCACCAAGAGAGACCCUACAACCCCCUUCCUAGUUCCUUCUGCACAGGAGAGCAAGCUCACUACAGGAUCUGCAAUAGUAAUACCUGUCCUCCAUCCAGCAGACACAUCAGGGCUGUUCAGUGUUCGUCAUACAACAACAAACCUUUCAUGGGCAGACUGUACGAGUGGGAACCUUUCAAUGAGGUUCCUGGGGAUCAACACUGUGAACUCAACUGCCGGGCCAUAGGCUUCAGGUUCUACGUGCGACAGUCAGAGAGGGUGAUUGAUGGGACACCAUGUGGGCUGAAUGAAACGUCUCUCUGCGUUGCAGGAAAGUGUUCGAGUCUCGGCUGCGAUGACUAUCUCGGAUCAGGAAAGGUGAUGGACAAGUGCGGUGUGUGUGGAGGCGACAACACAACUUGCAAGCUGGUCUCUGGAGUGUUUAAACACAGUUUAACCAAGAUCGGCUACCACAAGAUAGUGGAGAUCCCAGAGGGAGCCACUAAGAUCAACAUCACAGAAAUGGUGAAGAGCAGAAACUACCUAGCUCUCCGAAGCCGAUCGGGGCGAUCCAUCAUCAAUGGAAACUGGGCUAUUGACCGACCAGGGAAGUACGAGGGUGGGGGGACCAUGUUCACCUACCGCCGACCCAACGAAAUCAGAAGCACAGCUGGGGAGUCCUUCCUCGCUGAAGGGCCCACCAAUGAGAUCCUGGACGUUUAUAUGAUCUUCCAGCAGCCGAACCCGGGUAUUCACUACGAGUACAUUCUCCCCUCUGAGAAACCAGUCGGCCCUCAGCAACCAAACCACAGACCAGACGGGAACACUGUGAAUGGACAGGGUGGAUACGACCAUCACAGCAACACUCACCAAGAAAACGUCAAUCCAGUAGGUGGGGGCUGGGACCCGCCUCGCCUCCCUGACAACCAGGUUCCAGCCGUACAGCCACCCAGACGUGAGAGAGAGUACAACUGGAAACUGGCUGGUGCUACAGAGUGUAGUGCCUCCUGUGGCAAAGGUUUCAAAUACUCCAUCUUUCACUGUGUCUCCCGGCUGAACCAUGGCCAGGUAUCAGAGGCUUUGUGUGACAGCAGCAGCAGACCAACUCCACAGGAAGAGGCCUGCAACCUGCAGCCCUGCCCAGCUUUCUGGGAUAUUGGAGAGUGGUCAGAAUGCAGUAAAACCUGUGGCCUGGGCAUGCAGCACAGGCAGAUCCUGUGUCGCCAGAUUUACGCCAACCGCACCCUCAACGUCCACACGAGCCGCUGUCGACACCUUGAGCGGCCUGAAAUCGCUACUACCUGCCAGAUGAAGAUCUGCAGCGAGUGGGAGAUACGCUCUGAGUGGACCCCUUGUUCGGUGCCGUGUGGGCUGGGUCAGAGGUCACGAGAGAUCCGCUGUGUCAGCAACGUGGGCGACUUUGUUCCUGAUGAGGAGUGCAACAUGAAUCUGCGGCCCGUCAAUGUAGAGAACUGUGACAUGGGAUCCUGUGCCAAGAGCUGGUUUCACACCGAGUGGGGCAAUCGGUGCUCAGCUGAAUGUGGGAUGGGUGUACGAACUCGAGGAGUCCUCUGCCUGACCAAUCACAUCAGCAGCCUUCCUCUGGAGGGGUGUGGCAGUGAGCGGCCCCCCGACUCUCAGGUCUGCAACAACGGCCUCUGCGAGAAUCGCAUCGAGUGGUUCACAGGCCCCUGGAGCCAGUGCUCUGCAGAGUGUGGCCCAGGCAGCCAGCAGAGGUCAGUUGUGUGUCUGGUGAAGUCAGAGGAAGGUUUCAACGUCAUGCCACCGUAUGAGUGCUCCUCCCUGGAUCGGCCCCUCAGCCAGCAGAGCUGCAACCUCAAGGCCUGCGGAGCAAAGUGGUACUUCACUGACUGGAGUGCUUGCUCAAAAACAUGUGAGGGAGGUUUCCGUGUGCGGGAGGUGCGCUGUCUGUCUGACGACAUGCUGCCCAGCGAGGGCUGCGACGAGCAGCUGAAACCAGCACAGAAGGAGGACUGCAACCCAGAGCCCUGCAUACCUACCAUAGAUGAGAAUUGCAGAGACAAAUACUUUAACUGCAACGUGGUGGUCCAGGCUCGCCUUUGCGUGUACGAUUACUACAAGACGUCGUGCUGUGCUUCGUGUUCACGAGUGGCCAACAGACAGCCGAUUCAUCGGGGUCGCAGCUAGCACUCUCUACCCUCAGCUCCAUGUUGGGCCAGACUCAAUACCCGCUGCAGGCACUCUGUUCCUGGACCAGCCAGGGGAGUGGACCAGCUAGACCUUGGCUUAAAUGGACGCUUGUUUUGACUGCCAAGGACUGAAGAAGGAACAUUUCUGUUCAUUUGGAGUCAGCUGUGGGGGAGAAAGGAAUACCUAAGAAUAGUGGAGGACAGGAAUCCACUCACUGGAUGAACAGAGCCCUGAAGGGGCGACAGAGAUCAGUAGCAAACUGAGGAACCUGCAAAACACUUCAUGGGUUUCAACCUCUACGUUUAAUAUAAAGAAUCCAUCUGUUUCUGUUUCAAGGUGAGCAGCUGUCUUUUACCAAUAAUGGCUGUCGUGGAUUACAUGAUAUGAAGCGGAGAACUCCUGUGAACUGUUUAAGUUGGACUAUAUAUAGAAAAUAUAUGUUCUAAUAUGGUUCUUUUCACUUCAAUGCUCAGAUUUAUGGCAUGAUGUCAUGUGAAGUCGAUGCACCUAUAAUCAACUAUUUAACACCCACUUUGUUGACCAAAGAUAUGUAAUUUCAUCAAACCCCCACUGGUGCUGAUGGUGUAUCCUGUAUGCAACUGAUUGCCUAAGUAAUGGCAAAACCACCUUUUCUUCCUGUCUACACAGCCAUGAGGUGAAAUGCAGCCUAUGUAAAAUGUAUGUAUAUAUGUAUAUGUAUGACAGAGUGAAUGAUAAAGGUCUUUUUUAAGGGUUCUCAGACAGUCUUCCCAGCAACUGAAGAGAAAAAGGCCCUCUUUAUUUAUUUGAGUGGCUCCCCAGGGAGGUUACUGGUUUAUCAGCCACCGGUGGCCCCUUUUUGGCUGUGGGGAUAAAACCUUCACUGCCUCUUCACCAAUCACAGCCUCUGAACUGAGUGUAGGCAUUCCACAGCCUGCUGGAUGGUAGAAACAGAUGGUAGAAAAACCCUAACCAUUUUGGAGAGGCCAAACAAACUGCAAAGAUACAUUUUUUUUUUACUGUGGGAGAUGAUCAUUCCACAAUUAUACAAUUCCAGAUAAAUCACCAGUAAUAAAUACAUUAAAUUAGCCAAGAAAUAACAUUAAUAUUUGAUUGUUACGAAGAUCUGUUACAGCAAAUAUGAGGUUUACAUUGAUAGUAAAUCUGUUUAUGAACCAGCCUUUCUUGCCAUAUCACUUUUUUUUUCAUACUCAACCUGCACACAGUACCUCUCAACUGUUUAUGUAUUUAAUGCAAUAAUUUCCCUCCACAAACUAUAAACUUACCUCUGAUCCAUAAGUACUGUACAUGUGUCAGUGUUCAAGUUCAGGAUGACUUAAGUAUGCAAUUAAUUCAAACUCUAAGGGGGAAUAAACAAAUAAAAACAUCCUAAAUGUGCUGCCAUGAUUCUCGAUUUUCCUAAAAGCAAUCAAGAAGAGUGGAACUAAAAUACCACAAUUCCUCAGUAUUUAACAUGACUGCAACUAAUAAAACAUCUGUAUUUGCCUUAUUUUAAAAUUCUAUUGUUCAACAGUUGAUUUUCAUGAGGGGUGUUUUCAGAAAUAAACAAAAUUACUAAUUAUUUGUACAUGUUACAACAUACUUUCCUUGUGUCAUUCCUUGAUUGAAGUUGA